CAAGAUGAGACAUCAGUUGCUUUAUUGACCACAGCUUCAAUGUAGUUGGUGCAGCGUAUGCUGUUGGUGAUAUUUACAGACAUGUGAUAGGAGCAGAAUUAGGCCAUUCAGCCCAUCAAAUCUACUCCGCCUUUUAAUCAUGGCUGAUCCAUCUCUCCCUACUAAUCCCAUUCUCCUGCCUUCUCCCUAUAACCCGUGACACCCGGACAAAUUCACAAUCUAUCUUUCUCUGCCUCAACAAUAUCCACUGACUGGGCCGCCACAGCCUUCUGUGGCAAAGAAUUCCACAGAUUCACCACCCUCUCACUAAAGAAAUUCCUCCUCAUCUCCUUCCUAGAAGAACGUUGAAUUCUGAGGCUAUGACCCUCCCAGUAGUGGAAAAGUCCUUUCCACAUCCACUCUAUCCAAGCCUUUCACUAUUCGGUAAGUUUCAAUGCGGUCCUCCCUCAUUCUUCUAAACUCCAGCUAGUACAGACCCAGUGCUGACAAACACUCUCAUAUGUAAACACACUCAUUCCUGGGACCAUUCCUGUAAACCUCCUCUGGACCCUCUCCAGAGCCAGCACAUCCUUCAUCAGAUGCGGGGCUCAAAAUUCCUCACAAUAUUCCAAAUGUGGCCUCACCAGCUCCUCAUAGAGCCUCAGCAUUGCAUCCAUGUUGCUUAAUGUAUAUUGGUCGCUGGAGUUUUACUGCAAUAACUUUCUCUUCCAGACCGGGAGAUCGGGUAACUGACGGGAUAUCUGGGAUCGGACAAUGAUCGGGAGAUCGUUCUUCCUCCUCUCCCUUCUCCAAGCCGUGAUGUCGGGAGAGUGGAGUGCGUGGAAUCCCGGAGCUGUGACAGCGCAGAAUGGUUUGUGUGCACGGAUUCCGUGUCACUACUGGUACCCGUCGUAACUGAACAGUAAACCACGGACUGGAAUCUGGUUUAACAGUGGGUCACAACACAAAGAUCCUGUAGCCUUCCACUCCGGGGAUCACAGUCUAGAAUCAACAAAGUUUCAGCAUCGGACCCGGCUGUCAGGAAUCCUGAAAGACAACGACUGUUCCCUGGUUAUAGACAACGUCACGCAGCAAGAUGCAGGUCCUUAUUUUUUCAGAGUUGAAUUCGGAGGGGGAAAUAUUUACAACUACCUCCCUGUAACACAGCUCACUGUUACUGAUUUCACGGAUAAACCCACGAUAUUCCCUGCUGAAUUGGUGGCAGGAAAGCCUGUGGACAUGACCUGCUCCUUCAACACCACGUGUAAUGGAACGGCACCCACCUUAACCUGGGUCACCCCCGCUGAUGAACCACCGUCAGCCUCACACAGCGUAACUCAGCAGGGUGACACUCUGACAUAUACUUCUGUUCUGUCCCUGACCCCAGCGCUCAAACAUCACGGGCAAAACCUCACCUGCAGAGUCACAUACCCAACUGUGUCAUCGGAGCAGACCCUCACACUGACUGUGGAAUAUGCUCCACAAAAUUUCUCAAUUACUUCCCACCACGAUGCGAACAGUUCCCGGGUGAUUGUAAAGGAAGGAAACUUUGCAGCGAUCCUCUGCUCCGUCCAGAGUUUCCCAGCAUCUAACCUGACGUGGGUACAUCUCGGUGUCACGCUGAACACAACAUGUUCCAGCAACGAGCUGUGGAUGCAGUUCCCUCAGCUGGCACGGCAGGACGCUGGGGUCUAUCAGUGUGUGGCGGUGAAUGAACACGGGACAGCAGAGAGGGAUGUGACCCUCACUGUAGAAUGUGAGUAGACACACACUAACACAUCCCUCAAAACGUCAUAAGUGAUAGGGGCAGAAUUAGAAUGUCGAAUGGCCAAGUCUACUCCACCAUUCAAUCAUGGCUGAUCUAUCUCUCCCUCCUAACCCCAUUCUCCUGCCUUCUCAUAGAGCCAUAGAGUUAUGGAGCCAUUGAUUCAUAGAGUUAUAGAGAGUGAU